AUGAAGCUGAAGAUCAACAAGGCGUGCGACCUCGCCUCCAUCUCCGUCCUCCCUCCCCGGAGGAACCGAGGGGGCGGCGGUGGCGGUGGCGGGGCCAGCGCGUCCGCGGCUGGCGCGGCCGCGUCGCAGCAGCAGCGGUCCCAGUCCAUGUCGCAGAAGUCCUUCUCGCAGGGAGGCGGCGGCUUGUCGCUGUUGCAGUCGCAGUCGCAGAUCUCGCAGGCUUCCCUCGACGAGAACCUCCUCAGCCCUCGUCACCCCUCCCCCGCGCGCGAUCAGAGAUUCUCCUUGCAUGAUGACUCGUCGAAGAGGAUGUCUUCAUUUCCAGCCAAUUCAGCUUCUUCUGUGCGUGAUGAAUCUCAGCUGCAAAUGGCAAAAACUUCAAGCAAAGCUAUCCUUCGGUGGAAUCCCUCUCUUCCAGAUAGCAAAUCAGGUCAGCUUAAUGAGGAUGUUGAGCGCAAAUUUCAGCAUGUUGCAAGUUCAGUGCAUAAGAUGGGAAUGGUAUUAGACUCUGUUCAAAAUGAUGUUAUGCAGUUAAACAGAGCCAUGAAAGAGGCGUCACUAGAUUCUGGUAGCAUACAGAAAAAGUUUGUGCUUGUAGAGACCUCUCUCCAGCAAAUUCUUAAGGGACAAGAAGAACUCAAGGCACUCUUUGAAGGCAGCACAAAAAGCAAACCUGACCAGAUGAGUGCUCUGAACUACCACACCAGCAAACUCGAUGAGAUGUCGUCGACACUUUUAGUCUUGAAGCAAGUGCAGGAAGAUUUGACGCAACUGAAGGGUGACAUCUUCAGAAUCUUUACAAAAGAGAUGGAGGGGAUUGUUAGAGCUAUCAGUUCUCUCAAUAGUAGGCCUGAUGCAAUGCAAGCACCAACAGUAUGUGUCCUUGUUACCCAACUGAUUAAAUGCACAAGUAUUGCAGCAUUCCCCUCUUACUCUUUUUUUCUUUGCUUUGCUGAAGCACCUGAGCUGCAACACCAACAGAAAAUCUCCGAUUAACCAACCAUCAGUAGAAAGCCCGCUGGUGAACCAAAUACCAGUAGCAGAUGGCAAACAGACACCGGUAGCAGAUGGAAGGCCACAGAGGAAACAAGCGCCAGUAGCAAAUGGAAGGCCACAGAGGAA